GUUGAUUUCUCUAUACAUUGCAAGAGAGGUUCAAAACCAGAAGCUAAACAAACAAAUAAAAUAAAGCCGACAACAAAACGCGUCUGAUAUAGUACGACUACAUUUCUCAACUACAACCUUCAUUUUGCCUGCAAACAUAAAGAGUUUAUUUUGACAAACAUUUUGCUGCUGACUCUUUCCAUAUCUCUCCCAAUCCUUUCUCUUUAGCUGCUGCUUCUUCUUCUGCCUCCCAUUCUUCACUUUUGGUGGGACACCGUCCCGAGCAAAACCUGAGUCUAUUUAAGGUGGCAAAGAACUGAACCUAAAAGGGUCAUGUUCAUGUCUGUUUCAUUCCCUAUACCAAAACCAGAUUAAUAACAAGCUUUUCCAUCUUCGGUUGUAUGGGUGUCUCGUAAUUGCUUGCAAAUGAAAAUUCCUCUCUUUACAUGGCUUUUCUUUAUACCCUUUUUGACAAUAUUCUUUGGUGUCAAUGUGUUUUUGGUUUCUGGCCAGUGCCGGAAAGAUCAGCAAUCCUUGUUACUCCAAUUAAAGAACACUCUCGUGUUUAAUCAAUCUUUAUCUGCAAAACUAGUCAAGUGGAGUUCAACCACAGAUUGCAGCGAGUGGCCAGGCAUAACUUGUGAUGAGGGUAGUGGUCGUGUUAUCAGCCUGGACUUGAGCUUCGAAUCAAUCACUGGUGGACUAGACGAUUCAAGCGGGCUUUUCAGUCUUCAAUUUCUUCAGAGUCUAAACUUGUCUUUCAACAGCUUCAGCACAGCUCUGCCAGUCGGGUUUGCCAACCUCACGGAUUUGAUUUCACUGAAUUUGUCCAAUGCUGGCUUUACAGGCCAGAUUCCAAAUGAUUUCUCAAAGCUGACAAAGUUGGUUAGUCUUGAUUUGUCUGCCAUUUCCUUCCUUGGAGGUCCUCCACUGAAACUCGAGAAGCCUAAUUUUGCAACAUUGAUUCAAAAUCUCACACACCUAACAGAGCUCCUUUUUGAUGGUGUUAAUAUAUCAGCACACGGCAAUGACUGGUGCAAGGCCUUAUCAUCUUCACUGCCUAAUCUAAAAGUGCUGAGCAUGUCCGACUGCUAUCUUUCGGGUCCUCUUGAUUCUUCCCUUGCAAAGCUUCAGUCUCUUAAAAUAAUUCGUUUGAGCAGUAAUAAUUUGUCUGCUCCAGUUCCAGAAUUCCUUGCAAAUUACUCGAAAUUGACUGCCUUGCAGCUUAGCUCUUGCCAGUUGAACGGAGUAUUUCCACAAGCUAUAUUCCAGGUACCAACACUAGAGAUCCUUGACUUAUCAUACAACAAAUUCCUUCAGGGUUCUUUUCCGGAGUUCCAUCAGAAUCUCUCUCUUCAGACCCUCCUUCUCAGUAACACAAAUUUUUCGGGAACAUUACCACAGUCCAUUGGUGAACUCCAGAAAUUGUCCAGAAUAGAGCUGGUGGGUAACAACUUCACUGGACCAAUUCCAAAUUCAAUAGCUAAUCUCACCCAGCUGUUUUAUCUGGACUUGUCAUCCAACAUGUUCACAGGCACACUCCCAUCAUUCGGCAUGUCCAAGAAUCUCACCUAUGUAGAUGUCUCUCAUAAUCAACUAACAGGUGAGAUUCCAUCCAGUCACUGGGAAGGCCUUCAAAGCCUCACCUGUGUUGAUUUAGGGUACAAUGCAUUCAACGGGAGCAUCCCCUCAUCGUUGUUUGCAAUCCCGUCGCUGCAGAAGAUACAGCUUUCCAACAACCGAUUUGGGGGACAGAUUCCUGAGUUUCCAAACGUGUCUUCCUUUCUUUUGGAUACCCUGGAUUUGAGCAGCAACAAGUUAGAAGGUCCUUUUCCCAGUUCCGUUUUUGGUCUUGCAAAACUCAAUGUCCUUGAACUUUCAUCCAAUAUGCUCAAUGACACGUUGCAAUUACAUUGGAUUCAGAAACUUCCCAGUCUCACCACACUUGGCCUCUCAUACAACAACUUGACCGUGAAAUCAAGUGGUGGCAAUUCCAACAUGUCUUCCCUUCCCCAAAUCAAGAAACUAAGAUUAGCUUCUUGCGACCUGGGAAUGUUUCCAGAUCUAAGGAACCAGUCAAAACUCUUCCAUUUAGACCUUUCAGACAACCAAAUUACAGGGCCGGUACCUGGUUGGAUUUCAAAACUUAUUCUUCUUCAAUAUCUGAAUCUUUCACGCAAUCUUCUGGUUGAUCUAGAAAGACCUUUGUCUCUUCCUGGUCUUGGCAUCUUAGACCUGCAUCAUAACCAGCUCCAAGGGAGCAUUCCAGUUCCUCCAUCAUAUAUUACCUAUGUGGAUUACUCAAGCAAUAAUUUUUCUUCCUUCAUCCCCCCUAACAUUGGUAAUUACUUCAACUUUACCCUUUUCUUCUCCCUUUCAAAUAAUCACCUUACCGGAGAAAUACCGCAAUCGAUAUGCAAUACCGAAUGGCUACAAGUUCUUGACUUGUCUAACAACAGUUUGAACGGAGUAAUACCAUCCUGUUUAAUUGAUAAGAUUAAGACUCUUCGUGUUCUAAAUUUAAGGAGAAACAACUUCGGUGACAUUAUUCCCGAUAAAUUUCCAAGAAGCUGUGAAUUGAAGACUCUGGAUCUGAGUGGAAACAACUUGCAAGGGCAGGUUCCAAAAUCUCUGGCAAAUUGCACUAUGUUAGAGGUCUUAGACCUUGGAAACAAUCAAAUCAAUGACAGCUUCCCGUGUCUUCUUAAGAGCAUAUCGAGUUUUCGUGUCCUUGUUCUGCGAAACAACAUGUUCUCCGGGCUUAUUGGAUGUCCACAAAUCGAAGGCACUUGGCCAAGGCUUCAGAUCGUCGACCUAGCUUUCAAUCAUUUCAGAGGAAAUCUACCAAACAUUUGCUUGAAAACGUGGGAAGGAAUGAUGGAAGGUGGAAACAGAAACCUUGAGCACAUAAGAUAUGAUCCCCUGAAGCUGACGAAUGGACUGUAUUAUCAAGAUUCAAUAACAGUCACACUCAAGGGUCUCGAGCUGGAGCUGGUGAAGAUAUUAACUGUCUUUACCUCUGCUGACUUUUCAAGCAACAACUUUGAAGGGCCAAUACCAGAUGCCAUAGGACAGUUCAAUGCCCUCUAUGUUCUCAACUUGUCACAUAAUGUACUCACAGGCCAAAUUCCAUCAUCUUUAGGCAACCUGUCACAGCUCGAGUCCUUAGAUCUCUCAUCUAACCAAUUGUCUGGACAAAUCCCAGCACAGCUAACAAGCCUGACAUUCCUUUCAGUCCUGAAUCUCUCAUAUAACAGGCUAGUGGGACGGAUCCCAACAAUCGCUCAAUUCGCGACAUUCUCAUCCGAUUCCUUUGUAGGUAACCAAGGAUUAUGCGGGCCUCCAUUAAGUCUACCAUGCUCCAAUACCACAGGAUCAAAUUCUACACCAGGAAGCAACCAAAGAAAAGAAUUUGAUUGGCAGUUCAUUGUCCCUGGCCUGGGGUUCGGGCUAGGAUCAGGAAUUGUGGUGGCACCUCUCUUGUUCUCCAAGAAAAUAAACAAAUGGUACGACGACCGUAUAGAUAAAAUCCUUUUGGUGCUUCUUCCAAUGUUGGGAUUCAGAUACUACGCGAGAGGUGAUUGGAGGAUCGAGCCUGAUGAAACUUCUGAAGAAGAAGAUAACACAGAUGCUGCUGCUGCUGCUGAUGAUGAUGAUGAUGAUGAAGUGGAAGUGGACAAUGAAGAUUACUUUGGAGGAAGGUACUGUGUGUUCUGCACAAAACUUGACAUCACAAUUAAAAAGGUCAUUCACGACCCAAAAUGUGUUUGUUAUCAGUCACCACCGAUAUCUUCUUCCUCUUCUUCCUUCUCAUCUUUUUCGCCAUCUUGAGAGACAAGGACAGUGCAGGUUUUGUUUCUUGUUUUAUUGUUUUGUAACUUGUAUAUAAUACAGAAAGCAUGCGAGUGUAAAGCUGAUUGACGCAA